UUUUACCCCAUUUCUCAAGUAGCUGGAAUAGCUCAGUUGGUUAGAGCGUGUGGCUGUUAACCACAAGGUUGGAGGUUCAAACCCUCCUUCUAGCGUUUUUCGAUUUUCCUUUUUUUGUUGUUUCCCAUCUCUGAAAUUCACGAUGCAAAAUAAAAGAUAUAUAUAGUAAAUAAAUAAAGCAACGACCAUGUUUCAUCGACAAAAGACAGAAGCAGACCCAAAUCACAACUUCACAACUACUUAUGUUUGAGAAGUAAAUAAAUGAAAACCCAUCAACAUAAACUAGAGGAGUUGGGAAUGGUCGAUGGAAGCCUCAAAAAGACACAGGAGCAACUCAUAAUCGAAGAAUGGAACGGGUCUUCUUUGACCAAGCUUUGCAAAACUGCCACUAUCACUCUCUCUCCUUCUCUGCAAGUCCACACAUCAGUUAAUCGUUUCAACCCUGUUUGUAGACGAUUACUCGAUGCAUUUGUCCCCGAGGGUUUCCCUGGCAGUGUGACUCCAGAUUAUGUCCCUUUUAUGAAACUCUUUGGACUUUCAACAUACAUAAGAACAAUGCUUUCUACCCAAGCUCUUUUGAGUGCUAUUGGAGUUGGCCAGAAAUCAGCGACUAUUAUCGGUGCAACUUUUCAGGUAGAAUUGUUAGAAUUCGGUUUUGAGAUUAUUAGUGGUUUUAUUAUCUCCUGAAUUUUUUAACUUCAAAUAACAACUAAGGCUUCCGUGCUCAUUGCCGGAAUGUUGAUGGAUCUUCUUUCUCCUUUGUUUCCUUCAGCUUUUAUUUUCAUUGUUUGCUUAGGGAGCUUGUCAAGAUCAUUCACUGGUGUUGCCAGUGGAGCAACCAGAGCUGCUUUGACACAGCAUUUUGCCCUCCAAAAUAAUGCAGCAGAUAUAUCUGCCAAGGUGCCUCUAAAUUGAUUUCUCAAGGGUAGUUCUAGAGAGAUUUUUUGGUCUACAGUUAGGGCUUUGGUUUGAGAAUUGGAGUCUUGGGGUUGUUUUGGUUGUUGGCUUGGUUUUAAGGCGAAAACUGAAGGUUGGAGGAAAGAGUAAAGAGUUGGGAUUUCAGUUGUGGAGGAAGAGGAGAAAAGUCUAUGGGGGAUUGAAGACACUGCUUUUCUCCACAUUUCUGCGUAAAACUGCAAAGAACGCAGUGUUCUGCUGCUGUUGAGGGAUGGAUCAUGGAUCCGAUCCAUAAGUAAGGUUUUGUUCUUUGUUAUAUUAUUUAGCAUAUAAGCAUUUUCUUACCCUAAUUCUCAGGCAGCUGGAAUAGCU